AUGGUGGGCCUGCAUAGGUCUGAAGUUGAAAGUAAAAGUGUUGAUGAUAUCACCACUUUAUUCCACCACCACUCUAAGGAUUCAGACCCUCUUCCAAAUCCUAUAGCUGCUGAAGAGGUCUGCUGGUGCUCUGGCUUCCAGGGAGGCAGCAUUUUAGAUCUGCAGAGAGAAAUAGAGGAACUGAAGGGCCAAUUGACCCAAAAAGAAGACGCUAUAAUGAAGAUGGAAGCAACCAUGCUCCAAGAAGCACAAGAAUACCCACAAGGACCAGCAGCUGCUCUCAGAGAGGAGGUUUGCUUCUGGGAAGAAAAGCAUGAACGGUUGCUGGAAGCACACCAGAAGCUUGCCCGAGUGAAUCAAAGCCUCGAGGACAAGCUCCUGAAGGUUGUUGACAAAUUUCAGUCUGAGAAGGAGACCUUGCUGGCAGAUGUGAAGAGGCUUAGUGCUCAGGUUUCUCAAGCACAAGUUAUCAUGGCACAGAUGCAGCAAGAUUUGGAACGAUAUAAGAAUGAUUGUGCCCUGGCAGUUCAUCUCCUGCAGUGCAAGCCAUCACAGUUCAUUCCACAGAGUUUCAGUGAGCUUCCUAGUGAAUUUCAAGAAAAAGUACGUAGCAUGACAAAGAGCAAAACGAAGAGGCAGCCAUUGAAGACUAUGAGAGUGCCCAUUUCCACUUUCCCUCCUACAGCUGUUUUCUUUUCCAUCGAGAAGGAUGAAGAAUCUCCUGGGAAUGAAGAGAACAGGGAUGAGCUAGUUUCAGCAGCUGUGCUUGCUCGGGUGCUUGAAGAACGGGAGAAGAGCGGUCACAAACACUGUAACACAUGCAAGUGCUAUACCCAUCAGACUACAACGGGUAGUGAUGCAAGUAGCUGGAGCUCUGAGGAAUCCACUCAGACUGAAGGCACUCUCCAGACUGUGUCAGUUAAUGCAAAUGCUCCUUCACGCUGGAGGAAGCAUUCCACAGAAACGGAGAUUUGAUACAUCUUCAGUAAUUCUCCUGUGCUCUACUUCCAAGUUGAUUUAGUUAUAUUUCCCAUGUUGAAGGUUUCCAUUUCUCCUGGCAUCCCUUUGGUGAUAGGAAAAGCGUUCAGCAGCAUACUGAGAAUGGGAAUGGAAAGGUCUUUCUAAUUGGCUUGAUGUUACCAAUAUAUUUAUUACUGAUCACACUAUUUUAAGAUCGGCUUUUUGAAAUCAAGCAAUUAUUUAAAUCAAAUAGAUAAAGAUUGAGCUGCUUCUCUUGUGGUAGCCAUUUAUCUCAUUUUGGACAAUAACACUGGGAACACCCAAAGGUUGAAGGGUUGGUUGGACUCACACUUGCUGAUUGCAUGCACAGGUUUUUUUUUUUCUUCCAUUUUUUAAGGGUUAAAUUUCAUGGCAUCAAACAGGUACAAUUUCCAAGCCAGAGGUCUGGUUUGCAUGAUGACUGGAUUUGAAGCAGAAUUAUUUUUUCAUUAUUCAUUGGUGGUACCUGGUUCCUAUUUUUUUCCUGUUGAAUUGAAAAUACAAGAAAUAAGAUCAGUAAUUCCCUGGAUGUUUCAUUGGAUUGCAUGAUUUUCACUACUGGCAUGAUUUGAAUAUAUUGGACUCAUGGUGAAGCCAUGUUUGUCAGGCACAUCUGAGAGACACUCAGUGACUUAGUAGCACACUGUGACUUUUUCACACAUGCAUGAGUGCAGCUAUUGCACUGCAGGCAGUGGACAGUGCAGGUUUGCCUGUCCUGGCCUGAUUAGAAUGUGAAUGUGCAACACACAGGACACUUUGAAGACAAUAUGAUUAAAGUAUUUCAGCCAAUUCAAUGCAACUAGUAAUCACAGUGUUUUUUUCUCAGCAAUAUUAGGCAUA